UUCCAGUCACGAGUUGUGUAUGACAACACGGAGGAGGAAACUAACUUUGAAGGAAGAAAAUCGAGUCAUAAACAGCUGACAUACUUGCGAACUUUGGGCAGUCAUGGGGUAUAGUAGAGAUAGGACAUUCCUGGGUUACCUCAAGCGCUUCCAGCUGCGGUUCCUGCUGGUGAUUGUGGUGUUCCUGUACGUUGUCGUACCGCUGCUGGUGUGGCUCAACCCCAGCAUCGUCAACAUUUUCAUAUUCGGAAACUACUUUGUGCUGCCCUUCUCGGACCUCUCCCACCCCAGCUCCUAUGGCUUGCACGAUGCCCGCCACCUCCAGAUUGUCAGUGAUGACGGUUUACAACUGGGGAUAUGGCAGCUGUUACCAGCCUCACUGAGUGGUCAACCUUUUGAGCAGGCUUUGGCAUCAGGAAAAGAGAUCAUUCUUUAUUUACAUGGAAAAGGUCAAAAUAGAGGAAGUAAGAUUCGUGUAGGCACAUACAAAGCACUCACGCGGAUGGGCUUCCAUGUCGUCACCUUUGACUAUCGAGGCUAUGGUGACUCCACGGGUUUCCCGACUGAGGACGGCCUCAUGGCCGAUGCUCUCACAGUGUACAACUGGGUAAAACGGCAGUGCCAGUCUUCUCCUGUCUUUAUAUGGGGGCAUUCUCUUGGAACUGGAGUAGCUACCAAGCUGGCCAGACACCUCAGCUUAGAAGGUACACCUGCACUGGGCGUGGUCCUGCAGAAUCCCUUCACCAACGUCCAGAGUGUCAUGGACUACUCCAAAAUGGCAAUGCCGUACCGGUUCCUCCCCUGGUAUAUGCCAUAUUUCAAGCGGUCUCUCAAGUCAACAGGCACAUCAUUUUCCAGUGACGUCUACAUCUGUGAGGUAACAUCACCCGUCCUCAUAAUACAUGCAAAAGAUGACAGAGUUAUACCUAUAGAAUUGGCAUCUAAGCUGUUUGAGACGGCCCAGAAGACACCGGCCAGGACAAACAUUGUCACAGAGAUGGUCGUGAUGGAUGGAUGCGGACACAACAAUGCCUACAUGGAUCCAGACUUUUCAUCAAUAGUCACAAAAUUCACAUCUUCUCUUCUGCAAAACAAGAAGACGGUGUGACAGGUUAUGAUCUCUGUUGCUGCUCUGUGAUGAGGAAUACAGAAGGAGAUGCCCGUGCCUUGCUUUUACCCUGUGUAACAUCCUCAGCUAGGUGAUGCUUUCUUUCCUGUGGUGGCUGGACUGAUGGUGUAGAGCACCUUUGCGACAGGACACUUUUAUCAUGGUUUCUAUGUUGUUGCUCGAGAGAUGAUGGCUACUGCUGUAGUGUAAGAUGCUUUCAUGUACUGGUAUUUGUUUGUUUCAUCGUUAUUGAACAAGGCAGUUUGUUUGGAUUGAUGAUGAAAAGAAGACACACUCCAGGAUUCUCUGUCUUGUUUGAAGUAUUGAUGGAUUGAUGCUGUAGGAGGCUGACAUCAAGAUCCACAGGCUUGCUCCACGGAUUGAUGCUGAAUGAUAUAUGCUGAUAUCAUGAUUAUGUACCAUUUUGAACAUGAGUAGAAGUUUGUGCUGAACUUAGAAAACAGUUUGCAUUUAUUUGUCUCUCGUACAACACAUUUCCAAUAAUCUGAAAAAUCAUUUCUGAUGCCAAAUUCUUAUCUGUGAUAUUUAUGGAAAGGAUUUCGAAAUAUUAACAGUUUUUAUUAAAUAUGGAACAAUUCAUCGUUAUUUUCAGUGGUUUGUUAUUAAGCAACAAUUAUUGACAGCUUUUCUUAUCCAGAUCUGAUGUAAUUAUGUUGUAUGUCAAAAUGGCCAAGUUAAGGGAUGAUCUAUUGCACAAUGGCUUAUGCUUUUGUAGCUGGUCAUUUAUUUUUGUUCAGCUUUAUUUUGUUGAACAGUGCUUCAUACAUUGUCUUCAUGUUUACUGAUAACUCGUGUCUUCAUUCCUGACCAUAAUUUUACAAUUCUAGUUCAGUAUGCUCAAAUCAUAGAGAGACAAUGCAUCAUCAGAAGGAGGGGUGAGGGUUUUGAAAACUAGAGUCUAAAACUAUAAAAUGCUAAACAUGCUGGCUGUCUUGGAAAGAAAUGUGUAAAACAAUUCUCCUUCAGGUUUUCCUGUCACAGAAAUAAAUGUGUGUGAUGAGUCAGUGACUGAAGACAAAUACUCCAUCUCUUAUAAAAUUUUGAGGUCCCCCAUAAUAUUAAAUGGUGGGUCCUCAUCAGGUUAUCUCAAUUUGAUAAAGGGCAUUACAGGGUCACCACACUGUUGAGAGCAUGGCCGCCUUUAGUAUUGCAGUCCCAAGCAGGGACAACUCGUAUAGUGAACUCUAGGUUACAGCAUUUCACAUGUUAUUAUCAUUACCACAGAUUUAUCAUUUUUGCAUUUAUUGGGGUUGUGUGUUUUUUAAACAAACCAAUUCCAAAGCUGGGAUAUUAAUAUGUAAUAUUUUCAUAUUGUCCAUUUACACAAUGAGGCAUUAUCUAAGUUACAUUGUUACUGGCGCGCGUGCGUGCGUGCGUGCGUGCGUGCGUGCGUGCAUGUGUGUGAGGUGCAUCUGGUCCCAUCUGGUCUUGGAUGAAACUGAAGUUGAUAGGAUUGAUGUGAAUGGUGUAUGUCACACAUUGCCACUGAUACAAGAUACAAUCAUGGUUGACUUGUCUUGGUACUGAUAAUUCUGUACCAUUUAUCCGCUUGUUUUAAUAAAUUAGAAAUGCCAAACUUACAGUUAAUGGUAUAUGUUGUUAUUCUAUGAAGACUAUUUGGUGUUACCAUAAAAGACUCCCAGAAUCAACAGUUCCUUCCAUUGAUGCUUCACCUGUCAAACUGUUUCAGUGCACAUUGUCAGGUGUCAACAAUUGGUAGCCAGGAAUGAAAUUAAUUUUAGGUUCUUGAGACCGGCAAGAUUUUGUUUGAUAUAUAUUUCCUAAAAAACAUCUUGAGGUAAACAUCGUAAAAUCUGACCAAAACAUUUAACAAUUGGUUUUCAUGUAAGCAUACUUUGAAUUAAAUAUCAAAUGUCCAUACCAGAGACUAAUCAGGCGCUAUUAUUUGCCAAGACAGAUUCCCUUAGACGUAAAAGGUAAAAUAGUAAUGAUAAUAAUAUGAAUGAAAAUGCAUUUAUAUUUUUGUCUGAUGCUAAAUUUAGGUCAAAGAUACAACAUAUUUCCAAACAACAUGUUUUUGUGUACUGUUUCUGUUUGCCUUAGACAUGAAGUAUGUUAUGUUUCCAUAGUUUAUAUGCGUGUUAUGGCAAAUGUAGCUUGUAAAUGUGUAAGUAGAUUUUCUUGAAGGAUCGCAUCAUGGAGGUAAUCUUUCUCAAGGAGUAGUGUCAGCUGAUGAUCUUUGUAUUGCUUUUGCUAAUUUAGCAAUAUUGAGUCAAACUUGGUUUUCUUCGUGUUAUGCAAUGACACAAACCAAAGGCCCACCCUUAAUACCCUUAAUGUGAUUUUCCUGAGACUAUUUUCUUGACAUGUUGUAGGAUAGGUUAUUUUCUUUGCAAUAAUGAUAUAUAUACAUAUGUUUUGUUUUUCUUUGAUACUUUACUUUCAUCAUUACUUUUUACAUCUAAUGUUUUAUGUUUUUUAUUGUUCCAAUGAUAUUUUCAUUCCUGUCUUCCCAAAACACUUUUCCCAGGGAUCCAAAUAAUAACAAAACAGUAACUGUCAUGCACAUAUUUACCAUCUUCCCGAGGCAAGGGAGUUAACUGACUCUAAAAGUCCAGUUUCCACACUUGCCUCACUAGGCUGGAAUUUCUGGGCUCGAUCGUACUGCCACCAGUGGCUAUUACGAGUUAUGUCCA